GCGAACACGGAACACGUGAGCAGAGAUUCCUUGUAGGAGGACGGUUCUGUUGUUUACUUUCUUUUUUCUCUUCAACAAUGUCUAAAGUUUAUCAUCUGACAAAGUUUAUCGGACUGUUGGACCUCCCCUGGAAGCCUGAAAUCAGACUAAACAGAAUCGACCUCCCAGGAGAAAAUGUUUGUAAGGUGGAGGAGGACGGGGUUUUCAGUGACCAGCACCUCGAUAACCUGGAGAGGAGCUGCAGCCCGGACCAGGAGGAACCAGGGAAUCCACAGACUACAGAACUGGAGGAAGACUCCAGCGUUCAGGAGAUGAACCAGGAGGACGUAGAGGUGGAUGUCUCAUUGGUCAAUCUUGCUGAUGAGAUAUUUGAAAAUGGUGAACCAGGACUAAACUGUGGCCAGCUGCUGUUUCACACUUCUCCUGAAUCUCAAAACGAAGAGGAAGGAACAGAAAGUUUACGCUCAGACUCCAGUAAAACUGCAGAUCUGGAGCCAAUGAGACGACACAGUGACCACGAAGACGCUGCUGUCCCGUCAGACAGCAACUGUAAAUCAGAGCUGACCAGGACGCACACGGGGAAGAAGGCGUUUUCUUGCAGCACUUGCAGGAAAGAGUUCAGUAGAAAGGGUAAUUUAGAGGAUCACAUGAAGAUCCACACUGGCGAAAGGCCGUACCUGUGCAACACCUGCGGAAAAUCGUUUACACAAUCAUCAGCAUUGAAGAGGCACGAAUUGAUCCACACAGGCGAGAAGCCCUAUGUCUGCACAACAUGUGUAAAAAGUUUCAGAGAACGUUCCACCCUGCUGGUUCACUCGAGGACCCACACUGGCGAAAGGCCGUACCUGUGCAACACCUGCGGCAAAACCUUUACUGAAUUAACAACUCUUAAACGACACAUAACCACCCACACGGGCGAGAAGCCCUACAUCUGCAAAAUAUGUGGAAAAGGUUUCAGAGAACCUUCCACCCGGGUGGCUCACUCAAGGACCCACACGGGCGAAAGGCCGUACCAGUGCAACACCUGCAACAAAAACUUUACUCGAUUAUCAGCUCUUAAACUGCACAUAACCACGCACACGGGCGAAAAGCGGUAUUCGUGCCAGACUAAAGUUAAUCACCUGAGAGAGUUUAUCGGUCAGCGACUAACAGCAGCUGCUGUAGAAAUAUUCUCAGUGUUUGAAAAAACCGUCUUGGAGUAUGAAGAAGAGCUGGACCGUCAGCGCAGACUGUUGGACCUCGCCUGGAAACCUGAAAUCAGACUAAACAGAAUCGACCUCCCACAAGAAAAUGUUUGUAAGGUGGAGGAGGACGGGGUUUUCAGUGACCAGCACCUCGAUAACCUGGAGAGGAGCUGCAGCCCGGACCAGGAGGAAUCAGGGAAUCCACAGACUAUAAAACUGGAGGAAGACUCCAGCGUUCAGGAGAUGAAGCAGGAGGACGUAGAGGUGGAUGUCUCAUUGGUCAAUCUCGUCGAUGUGAAAGUUGAAAAUGGUGAAGCCGGACCAAACUGUGACCAGCUGCUGUUGCAUUCUUCUCUUGAAGCUGAAAACAAAGAUGAGGAAGGAACUGAAAGUUUACGCUCAGACUCCAGUAAAACUGCAGAUCUGGAGUCAAUGAGACGACACGGUGACCACGAAGACACUGCUGUCCCGUCAGACAGCAACUGUAAAUCAAAGUUGACCAGACAUUUCAUGACCUACACAGAGAAGAAGGCAUUUUCUUGCAGCAUUUGCAGGAAAGAGUUUAGUAAAAGUAGUAUUUUAGUGUAUCACAUGAGGAUCCACACUGGCGAAAGGCAAUACCUGUGCAACACCUGCGGAAAAUCAUUUAAACAACCAUCAACGCUCAAGAAACAUAAAAUGAUCCACACGGGCGAGAAGCCCUACGUCUGCACAACAUGUGGAAAAAGUUACAGGCAUUGUUCCGGCCUGCUGGUUCACUCGAGGACCCACACCGGCGAAAGGCCGUACCUGUGCAACACCUGUGGCAAAACCUUUACUAAUUUAACGGAUCUUAACCGCCACAUAACCACACACACGGGCGAGAAGCCAUAUUUGUGCAAAACAUGUGGAAAAGGUUACAGCCAUCGUUCCAACCUGGUGAUUCACUCGAGGACCCACACUGGCGAAAGGCCGUACCUGUGCAACACCUGUGGCAAAACCUUUACUCAUUUAUCAAAUUUUAAACGCCACAUAACCAUGCACACAGGCGAGAAGGUCUUUGUUUGCAAAACGUGUGGGAAAAGUUACAGGCAACGUUCUGACCUGCUGGUUCACUCGAGGACCCACAGCAGUGCAAGGUCGUACCUGUGCAACAUCUGUGGCAAAACCUUUAAUAAAUCAUCAAAUCUUAAAAGCCACAUAACCACGCACACGGGCGAGAAGCCGUAUUUGUGCAAGACAUGCAACAAAGGUUUUACACGUAGAAAUAAUUUGUUGAGUCACAUGAAAAUUCACCCGGAGGAGAAGUCUGGUGACUCGUGACAAAUGAAGCUCAUGUUGUCCUCCGGGGGCAGCUGUCCACUCCUGUCUGACCCACAGAAGAAGAGACGAAGAAGUCCAACCACCAACUCCUGUGGCUGAUGAGCCUAAAGCUUGAGUUAUGGUUCUGCGUCAAAAUGAUGCUGUGUCUACGGCGUGUGGUACGCGUCGACACAGACCACAUGCCGUCACUGACGCCGUCACUGACACCGUCACUGAUGUGCACCUCGCGAAAAUUGUAACUACGCGUCGAGGUGACGCAGACCACAGGCAGACCGAGACAGCUGUGAUUGGAAGCAACGCAUUUCCGGUUUCCGGUUUGAAGCAGUCGUGAACUUUCAGCGCUCUUUUCUUCGUGUAUGUGUGUUUUUUUUUUUUUUU